AUGGUGGCGGCAAGAGUCUCCCGCUUGAGUUGGACGGUUCCUCCUGCUGCUCUAGCUGCCUACACUGUGGGGGACUGGGCCCUACCAAAUCGGCGCAUUGCGAGGUCUGAGCAGAAAGCCUAUUUUACGACGGGUUUGGCUAAAUAUGACAUCAAUUCGAACUCUCGAGGUCAUGCCCCCGCGAAGAGUGACAAUCAGGACUCUGAGGAUCAGGGAAUCUGGUUGAAGAUCACCCAGAAGCUCGAUGAGGUCAAAAAUACUGUGGGGUCCGCAGAUCUAGGAAGCAAUAUUUCAAGCUACAUCCCCGACUGGGCACGAUUGCUUCCAGCAACGGCCCAGAAGCUGCAGCGAGAACUCGCCUUAGCUCCUGGCUCACUGGCAGACGAAAUUUGGCAAGAGGCUCAUGACCCUGAGCUCAAUCCUGAGAUUACAAGGGACGCUAGGGUCCGGGUAAGCGGCGACUUGUGCGCCGAGGAACAGGCAUUCCGAAAGAAGCGUCAGCAACAUGCUUUGAAAGCAUUGGCAUCAUAUCUGGACAUUCCAGUGGAAGACAUUCACCCCGAUGAUGUGCCUGUCAUCGCCAUGUGCGGAUCUGGGGGUGGGCUGCGCGCUCUGGUUGCCGGUACCGGAUCUUAUCUCGCCGCCCAGGAAACAGGUCUGUGGGACUGUGUUACCUACACUGCAGGCGUCAGCGGCAGCUGCUGGCUGCAGACCCUCUACCAUUCCUCUAUCACAGGCCGAGACUUCCAUAAGCUUGUCGAUCACCUAAAGAAUCGAUUAGGUGUACAUAUCGCCUUUCCACCUGCGGCACUGAACCUGCUCACAACUGCACCAACUAAUAAAUACCUUCUCAGUGGCUUUAUCGAGAAGCUAAAAGGUGACCCUGGCGCGGAUUUCGGAUUGGUGGACAUUUAUGGACUGCUGCUUGCAGCACGUCUUAUGGUGCCUCGUGGAGAAUUAGAUGUCUCAGAUACCGAUCUUAAGCUGUCAUCCCAAGGAGUCAACCUCUAUGAUGGGGCACAUCCCCUCCCCAUCUACACUGCAGUGCGACACGAAAUCCCUAUACUCGAGGAAGGGAGCAAAAGUCACAACAACCCUGAACAGGCGAUGCGCGAUGCGAAGAAGGAAGCCUGGUUCCAGUGGUUUGAAUUUACCCCAUAUGAAUUCUUCUGCGAGGAACUCAAUGCUGGUAUUCCCACCUGGGCGUUAGGUCGUCACUUCGACGGGGGCCGCAGUGUGCUUUCCGCCGAGAACCCGCCUAUCCCUGAACUCCGAAUCCCGGGAUUGAUGGGCAUCUGGGGCAGCGCUUUCUGCGCAACUCUUUCUCAUUACUACAAAGAGAUCCGGCCUUUGGUCAAAGGUCUUGCUGGGUUCGGAGGAAUCGAUACUCUGAUCCAGGGCAAAGAUUCAGACCUGGUCCGCGUACACCCUAUUGAUCCUGCUGCUAUUCCCAACUUCGUGAUUGGAAUGAAAGAUCAGCUCCCUGCGUCGUGUCCCGAGUCUAUCUUCAAUAGCAGUCAUUUGAAUCUGAUGGACGCUGGCAUGAGCAACAACCUCCCUAUCUAUCCUUUGAUCCGUCCAGGACGAGAUGUCGACAUCAUUCUCGCCUUCGAUGCUUCCGCCGAUAUCAAGCAAGAUAAUUGGCUUUCAGUCGUCGAUGGUUACGCCCGUCAACGAGGGAUCAAGGGGUGGCCAGUCGGGGCCGGAUGGCCUAGAGAAAGCGAGAGCAUGGAAGAUGCCGAAAAGGCGCUCCGCGAACCACAAGGCAUCACAUACGAAAAGGCGAACCAGAAACUCGCUGAUGCUCAAAGCCAAGAUAAAUCCGCCGAGAGAGACCUCGACUACUGCAACGUCUGGGUCGGAACGAUGGAAGAGCGCAUAUCCGACAAAGAACCCCCACCGUCCAAGCGUCUCUUCUAUCCCAGACACAUUGAGGACCACUCCGAGUCUGAUUUUCAUCUCAUGAGAAAAGACGCCGGCAUCGCUGUCAUCUACUUCCCUUUGAUCCCUAACCCAUCCGCUCCAGAUCUCCCUUCCACUCCGGAGACCCGCCCCCGCGCAGCAGUCCAUUCCAUGAAACGAGACUAUACACAGACCAAAGACCCUGAAAAGCCUCUCACCCCGCACCCGAACUCAAUCGAUCCCAACAGAGACGAUUUCCUAUCCACGUGGAAUUUCAUUUACACCCCCGAACAGAUCGAUUCCGUUGUAGGCCUGGCUAAAGCCAACUUCAACCAGGGCCACGAACAGACUCGCCGCGUUGUGCGUGCUGUCUAUGAGCGCAAGAAGUCUGAUCGUUUAAGGAAGGAAGAAGAAGAGUCAAGAAAGCGUAUGGAGGGGUUCGUACCUCUUUAA